GUUGUCUGUGACCAGGAAAAGUGACCUGGCGGUGACAGUAGCUGGACUUCGGACAGGCAGGGUGAACCGGGCUACCGAUUCCUGUGCUGUUCGGACUCCAGCCCAGCGUACAGACGGUGUCUCUCGGUUUUAAACAGACCGUCCGGCCCCAUGGAGAAGCGACAGCAGAUGAAAGACACCCUCCAGCUGUGCAUAGACCGACGCAAAGACGAACUGUACAGUUUGAGUCGGGACAUUUGGAGCCGUCCCGAACUCGCCGCCAGCGAGACGUACGCGCACGACAGGCUGGUCCGCUUCUUCUCUCAGGAGGAGCAGACCUGGACGGUCCGAAGUCACUACGAGCUGCCGACCGCAUUCCGCGCCAGCUGGGGUCCGGUCGGCGGCGGGGAGCGUGACCCGGUGCUGAACGUGGGGUUCCUGUGCGAGUAUGACGCGCUUCCGGGUAUCGGGCACGCCUGCGGGCACAACCUGAUAGCAGAGGUGGGGGCCGCGGCCGCUGUGGGGCUGAAAGCUGCUCUAGAAAACCAGACUGAGCUACCUGUCCCCGUGAAGAUAACUGUUCUGGGAACUCCUGCAGAGGAGGCUAUAGGAGGAAAGAUCGACCUGAUCAAGGCGGGGGCCUUCGAGGAUGUCGACCUCGUCUUCAUGGCUCACCCAGCCCAGCAGGAUGCUGCAUUCCUGCCCUGUGUCGCACUCGAUGAGGUGUCCGUCAAGUACCACGGGAAGGCAUCUCAUGCUUCUGCAUACCCCUGGGAGGGAGUGAACGCCCUGGAUGCCGCUGUACUGGCCUACAACAAUGUCUCUGUGCUCAGGCAGCAGCUGAAACCGGAGUGGAGGCUUCACGGCAUCAUCAAACAUGGAGGGGUGAAGCCCAACAUCAUCCCCGCCUACACUGAGUUGCAGUUUUAUCUGCGCACGCCGCAGUCUAAGGAUCUUUGCGACCUGAAGGCCAAGGCGGAGGCUUGCUUCAGGGCGGCCGCUGUGGCAACCGGUUGCCAAGUGGAGAUAACCUAUCCAUCCCACGCCUACUAUAACAUUCUGCCUAACGCCACACUGGCAAACCUGUAUGAAAUCAAUGGAAGAGCUUUAGGGAUUCAGUUUCCAGAGCAGCCAGCCAACUUCUCCGGUUCCACAGACUUUGGCAACGUAUCAUUCGUAGUCCCUGGUAUCCAUCCUUUCUUCUACAUCCACACUGACGCAUUUAACCACACUGAGGAAUACACCGAAGCGGCAGGAGCUGAAAAGGCCCAGUUGUACACCCUGAGGAUAGCCAAAACCCUGGCUAUGACAGCUGUGGAUGUAGUGUGCUGCCCUGAUCUGCUCAGGCAAGUGAGAGAGGAUUUCAGCCUGGCCAAACUGAAACAGGAGAAAUGACUAGAAGGCAACGAUGCAGCUUUGACAGCUGCAUAAAUACACCAACUUUAACAAUAAGAAUAAUCAUUCCAUCAUCAAGGAAUUCAAGGACAGCUAGUGGGGGUCUUAGGGUGGUAGGAUGAAGCUGUAACAACUCAGUUACAACUCAGUGAGGAAUAUACUAUUUAUAACAACAGAGCUUCUGAGUAUCUCAAAAGCCACCUUCACAGAGUUAGAGAGGCUAGAUAAGUAAUUUUCUUAAGCUUAUGGGAAGUCGACCAUCGUAAUUGCAAUUUUUAGGUCACUUUUUAUGCGUGCUAACGGCAGAGCUCUGGAGAUGGCAAUGUCAGUCUCUCGGCUGGUUCACCACUUUGGUCCAGACAUUACAUUGAAAAGCUACUGGAUGCAUGAAGAUGAUAUUUACUGGAUGGAUUGGCCCAGAAUUUUGUACGGACAUUCAUGAUCCUUUGAGGAUUAAUCCCAACGACUUUUGGCAUCCCCCUUCCUUUCAUCUAGUGCCAACCUGAGGUUGACAUAUAGGCUUUUGGUGAAAUUUCUCAACAACUAGUUGAUAGAGUGUCAUGAAAUUUACUCUAAUGGUAUCUUCGUUUGUCCAGUAUUUUGGUUUAAGACUAAAUACUGGCAAACCUACCUACCUGUGUGGAGACGGGAGAACCCUCCAGAAGGACAACGAUCGCUGCAGUCCAGUGGGCUUUAUGGCAGAGUGGCCAGACGGAAGCCCCUCCUCAGUUAAAGACACAGGAAAGCUGGCUUGGAGUUUGCAAAAAUUCACCUAAAGGAUUCUCAGACUAUAAGAAACAAGAUUCCCCGGUCUAAUGACACCAAGAUUGAACUGUUUGGACUCAAUUCUAAGUCUUGUCGACAUGACGACAAGGGUUGAUUGUCCUUCUGGAAGUUUCUCCCAUCUCCGCACAGGAUCUCUGGAGCUCAGCCAGUGUGACCAUCGGGUUCUUGGUCACCUUUCUUACUAAGGCCCUUCUCCCCUGAUUGCUCAGUUUGGCUCCUUUGAUGUCACAUAUGAGCAGAUAAUGGUAUUACAGAAUAUGUAGUUGGUAGCAAUCCAAUGUAUAAUAACUGUGAAAGCUUAUCCCUGCGCACUGUUUAAAUAUACUGAAUAAGAGAGAAGGAAAAUAGGAUUUUUUUGUGGGGGACAAAGACUUGAAUUUGUCGUCACAAAUUUGUCUGUUUCUGUUUUGAGUUGAUUUUAAUUGAAUGUCUGCAGAAGAAAAAAAAAUUUCAGCCAUGUAUCUCAAUCAAUUUCCAUUUGCACAAAAGAAAUAAAUUAUAUGGAGGAGAUUUAAAAUGUACAAUAUU